AUGGCGACCGCCGAAAAGACCCAGGAAAAGCAGAAGCAGUUCCAGGUGCCGGACUACUCCGACGACGACUACGACAGCGCCGAUGACUACACCGACGAGGAAGAGGACCAGCCCGUCCCGACCAAAAACAAGAACAAGAACCAGCAGCUCCAGCGCCGGCGACAACAGCCCCAGAAACAAGACGAACUCGAGGAAUACUCCAACGAUGAUGACUACUACUCCGACGAAUACGACGACGAAUAUUCCGACGAUGACAUGAUCCAGGGCAAAUCCAUGCAGCCCUACAGCGGGCAGCGUUCCAAAGACUCGGAUCCGUCGGGCGGCAUGAACGUGAUCGACGAGAAAAAGAAAAGCCUCCUCGAUGAGGAGGGCAUGAAGCUGAAGCUGGAGUUGAAUCUGGAAAUUGAGAUUGAGCUGAAGGCACAUAUCCACGGUGAUCUGACCAUUGCUCUCAUGUAA